UUGCAAUACUCUACCAGUAUGUCCGCCUCUCUUAUCCCAAGUCAAUCUUUCUGUCUGCUGCCCAGUGCCCAGGAGUUCAAGGAUAAACUUGUGUUAUGUCUAUCAUGCUUCUUCGGCGGCUAUCAGUUGCAUUUCCUCACUCAAGAAGGUUUCUUAGCAGUAACAGCAGCCAUGAUCUCUCAAGUGCUAUAAUGGAACUCAAUACGGAAAUGGAAUCGGUAUUUGGUGAACCUCCUUCGAAUUAUCUUGCCAGUUCAGAAAGUAACAAUUACACAGCUCAAGAACCACCCAACACUCCUCAAAAAGGAGGAGAAACCGCAAUUGGUCUAACCCAUGUAGGGAGUACAGGGACAGCGCAAAUGGUGGAUGUUUCUUUUAAAGGAAGUAGCAAGAGAACUGCCAUUGCUAGUUGCAAGGUGAUCCUUGGCAAGAAGGUGUAUGAUUUGGUAUUAGCCAACCAGAUUGCCAAGGGCGAUGUCCUCAGCAUGGCGAAAAUUGCAGGCAUAAGUGGAGCAAAGCACACCAGCACUCUCAUUCCACUAUGUCACAACAUAACUCUGAGCCAUGUUCGCGUCGAUCUGACACUGAAUCCCGAGGAUUGGAGCGUGGACAUUGAAGGGGAAGCGGCAUCAACCGGGAAAACUGGGGUUGAAAUGGAAGCCCUGACGGCUGUGAGCGUGGCUGGCCUAACAGUGUAUGAUAUGUGCAAGGCUGCUUCAAAGGAUAUCCGGAUUACGGAUGUACGUCUAGAGUGCAAAACUGGUGGGAAGAGUGGGGACUGGUCUAGACAAGCAUAGUAGAGAUUUUGUUGUAUUUGAGAUUCCCUUCUUCAUUUUUAAAUGAAUUGUUUCGCUUUUGGAAUUCUAAUGUGUAUUGAUCAUUGCAUACCUUAUUCUGAUAAGAGUAGUUCUGUUUUGAAUUCCUAGACAAGCAUGU